CUCCCGCAUCGCACUAUUCCUCUAUCCCGUUCACUCUGUCAGCCUUUACCUGCCAUGACGGACGAGUCUCCAGAACAGCGCGAACGCAAGCGCGACAUUGCCGCGCGUUGGAUCCAGACCGGUCUGACUGAGGGAGAGAAGCGCCUCAAGGCUGCAGCAGGUCUCGGCGCGUCACCAAACGUCGUCCCCGUGUCCACGCCGGUUCUCGACGCGCAUCCGCGCCCUGUAUUUGUUGGAUGGCACCCCGUCGGCGGCUUUGCGGGCAAGUGGUUCGCGGAGCAGACGGGCCUCGGCAAGCUCAUUACGGAGAGCAUCAACUCGUACCCCGACCCCACGCAGCACUGGGGCGUGUUAGUCGGCGAGUAUGUGCAUCAGCUGUGGAUGGACGAGAACUUUGAUGUAAUCUACACCAACGCGCGCGUCAACCCUGACGAGUGGCAACUCUUCCCGGUGGGAGAUACGCGCUUCAACGAUGACGCGAUCAGGCGAACAGGCGAGGCCGUCAUCGCGCAGAUCCGUGAAAAGCAGGCCGCAUACAACCUCAUCACGAACAACUGUCAGACCUACGCGCUCCGCCUGCUGGACGCCAUCAGCGAGGGGGCCUCGCACUUCCCCACCACGCUCCACGUGUACCAGACGCUCAUCGGGCCGGGCAAGGUGGCGGACCUGUUCCGGCCGCUGGCGGAGGGCGAGGGCGCAGGCGAUAUUGUGAGCACCGCCAACGCGGCGAUGCAGCAGCACACGCACCAAGUCGACACACAUGGACCGGCGUUUGACCCCUCAAACCCGAAGCCGCUAGAGGGACAUCCGCCGGGCAUGCCGCAGGGCAUGGCGGAGGCGCAAGUGGCACACGAGAUGCGCGGUGAGCCCGCGGAAGUGGAGGAGGACGCGACCGGAGAGGAGGCUGACGGCGAUGGGGGAGAACCGAAGAAGAAGGGGUUGCUGGCGCGCAUCUUCCGCAAGAACAAGAAGCAGGCAGCAGGCGAAAGCCAGACCUGAUGCUUGUGGUUUUCUUGUUGCCGUCUUGGCCAGUAUAAUGCAUGAUCGUUGGCCUGUAGCAAACGGAGAUGGAG